UCCAUCUUGCUCUGCGACCCACUCCACCCACUAUGGACUCACCCGAAGGCCCAUGGGCUUCGACCGCCACCCCAAGCUCGCGCCCGGCUUCCCACAAAUCAGCCCGCUCCUCCCGGUCCGCCCGCUCACAAACAACAAGUAGAACGACCGAAGCAACGCCCUUGCUAUCCAGAGACGAUCUCAACGGCCAUGACGAAGAGCACGACGAACAAGAACAUGCGACGGCGACAACCUCACUGUUGCGUUCAUUGACUGGCGGCUCUAAAGAAGAUGGCAAUACGCCAUUCUGGAAGAAACGAUGGCCCAGCAUACUGGCACUGCUCGUGCUAUGCAUAGCUGUCGUCUUCAUCAUGCUGGGCUUUCUGGCUACAGAGGGAAUCGAAGAGUAUGCUAUGCAGGCAGCUGAAUUCAAACCCACAAAAUUAGCCUUGGAUUCAUUGACAACCGAGGGUGCCAAGGUACAGGUUGAAGGAGACUUCACCAUGGAUGCUUCCAAGGUCAAUAAGCAGAGUGUCAGAAAUCUGGGUCGAUUCGGGACGUGGAUAGCAAGGGAGGUCGAGACGGGCCCAACAGAGGUGGACGUAUACCUGCCCGAACACGACAAUGCUCUGAUUGGCAAGGCUCUGGUUCCGGGCAUCAAAGUCAACAUUCGGAAUGGCCAUACCACUCACAUCGCAUUUUUUGCUAAUUUGCAACCGGGGCCAUUGGACUCGAUUCGCAAUAUUGUCAACGAUUGGAUAGACGGUCGAAUGGGACAAAUCCGGCUCAAGGGGAAGGCUGAUGUUCCUCUGAAAUCCGGGUUGAUUCAUCUCGGAAAGCAAACCAUAGAGCAAUCCCUAGUUUUCAAAGGACACGACCUUCCUACGCUCCCUCGGUACAAUAUCACAAAGCUCAAUCUCCGAGAAGCCCAGGAAGGACAUAAGGGAAUGGGCGCAGAUGCUUCCAUUGUGGUGACCAACGAUUUCCCACUCCGAUUUGAUGUUCCUCCUGUUGCCGUAGAUGUACUGGUCGAUGGCUGCACACAAGCCGAUCACAUUACAAUUGGUACUGCAGAAUCUCAGAAACUGGAGAUCAAGCCGAAGACCAAUCUUGAAGUGAAUGUGACUGGAAGAGUAGAGAAACUCCCGGAUUCUCUCACGCAAGUUUGCCCAGAUUCUGCAAAAUCCCCUCUGGACGCUCUUCUCGGUGACUACAUGCAAGGCCAGGAUGCUACUAUCUACGUCAAGUGUUGCAAAUUUCCAGAUCCAAGUACCCCGAAAUGGGCAGGAGAUUUACUCAAGGACAUCACUGUCAAAGUUCCAUUUGCAGGGCGCGAUAUGGGCAACCUCAUCAAGAACUUCACAAUGGCCAACGUUCAUUUCAGCCUUCCAGAUCCUUUUGCAGAUGAAGAUAGCCCGGAUGCAUCGCCCAAGAUAUCUGCCAUAGUAAAGGUCAACAUCGGCUUGCCCCGUGAGAUGAACUUCCCACUUGAUGUCGACCGAGUCAAUGCCGAUGCAGACAUCUAUUACGAGGGGAAGAUCCUUGGUAAACUCGACUUGAAGAAAUGGCAGCAUGCCAAUUCAACCAGAAUCGAUGCGAAGGGCAAUGAAGACUCGACACUUUUGGUGGAAUCCGACAUUAAAAACGCGCCCAUAAAGAUCGUCGAUGAUGAUCUCUUCAGCAAAGUUGUUCAGGCUUUGAUUUUCGGUAGCCGCCCUAUAAUGAUGGAUAUCGAAGCAAAAGUCGGCGUCAAAGUCAAUACCCCAUUGGGCGAGCUUGCGGUGAAGGAUAUACCCGCCCAAGGCGUUGUCCCGGUCAAACCUAUUGGAAGUCAUAAAGGCAACACUGACGUGAGCACUUUUGCUCCAAAAAUUGGAAACCUCUCAAUUGUCGAAACUUCACCAACCUCAAUCACCCUUCAGGCUCACGCAAAUAUUACAAAUCCAACCAACUACUCAGCUACGGUACCUUAUUUCAAUAUAAAUGUUCUCGUUAACGAAACUGUCCUCGGUCAAGCGAUCGCAAAGGAUGUAUACGUCCAUCCAGGUAACAAUACCAAUAUCCUGGUUACUGUGGUUUGGGAUCCUUCCACUCAUAGUGGUGGAGCGGGGAAGGCUAUCGGUAGAGAGCUUGUCUCCCAAUAUAUUUCCGGCUACAACACUUCGCUCACCCUACAAACUCAUAACAAAACCAUCCCUUCACAGCCCUCUCUGGGUGCUGUCCUUGCAAACUUUCCUAUCACACUCCCAGCACCUAGCCUCUCCACUCCCAAAAACCCCGGCGAUGGUGACGACGAUGACGACCCAGACAAAGGCUCAGGCCGAAAACGCACACACUUCAUCCGCGACGCGACUAUGCACAUUAUCUCCUCAACCGCCCUCUUCACCCUCGCUUCCCCUUUCAGCUCCACAACGCUCUACAUCACCAGUCUCAACGCAACCGCGUACCACGACGGCCACCAGUCCGGAAAGAUCCUGUACGAUCUCCCCAUCGCCGUUCCACCUGGCUUGACUGAGACGCCCCGCCUCCCUGUCGAUUGGAGUCUAGGCAGCAUCGGCUACGAUGCCAUCAGAAAGGCGCUCGGUGGCACGUUGACGCUCAGCGCGUAUGCGGAAGUCGGCAUCCGAAUCGGACGGUGGAGAGAGCAUGUUUGGUACCAAGGUGGCAGUAUCGGGGCACAUGUACGAUUGUGAUUUGUGGGUGUAUUAUUUCAGGAAGAAAAGUUCGUACGGUAAAGACAGGAAAAGAGUCGAACUCGUUCCCGGAAUCCCUUCGCUUCUUUGAAAUUCAAGACGGAAGGCGAAGUGAAAGUGAUGGGAUCUAGGGAGACGAGCAAAGUCCCUUUAUAUUUUCCCCCAUGACCAAUGUUCCAUUUAUACAUCGCAUUAGCUUGCAUGUGAUGGCAUUGUGUUCUUCGUCCGGUAUGUCAGGCGAUGGCGACGAUACCGUAGCAAUGUUCAGCUGCGAAACGCACUGUUUUUCUUUUGUACGAUUGGACCUGGUCAUUAUUAUGCUCGAGGACAGCUAGCUCAAUAGUAGGUAGGACACUAUUUUGGAGGGGGUAUGGCUUUGUGAUGUUAUCUACUCAUGUAAAUACAUUUACACACAAAGGAGGUUCCAUGGCGUUUGGUAUAUUUAUUUACUAUUCUCUCUCUCUCUCUCUCUCUCUUUCUCAAGGCUUCGAGGUCAAAUGAUCUUCAAUAUUUACGUGGAAUGAGACACGGUAUAACAAGUGAAUUGCAUGUUUGCGUAUGUUCAUGUAGUACUCAGCUCAUCCGAAAUUCAC